CUAUACUCUUAAAAAUACCGAUUUUUAAGACAAAACGAGUAUUCUUCUUCGAUCCUUACCGUCUAACCUGAGAGAGCAUAACUAAUGCACUCUGCUUUCCAAACAGUAACUCUUAUCAAAAUAUCAAAAGAUGAUAAGUUUGAAUCUUAUUUUAACUCAGGAUUCUUGUGAUUCUGAAUGAUCCAGUUACAAGAGAACUUGGAACAGAGUGUUUCCUUUGCCUUCUUUUUUUCCAUCCUACUCUUUACUCUUAAAAAUACUGGUUUUUAAGAAUAAACGAGUACUCUUCUCCGAUUCUUACUAUCUAACCUGAGAGAGUAUAACUAAUGUACUCUGCUUUUUGAACAGGGUUUUAUGGUUGGUUCGCGACCCUUAGAUGUUGAAGACAUCUUUGGGGUGAUCUCGUAGUUCCUAUAGGGUGGAGACUAUGGAUCGGUACAUGGAUUCUUUUUCAUUUGCCAUAUUUUGCUCAAAAGGAUGAGGGGAAACACUGCAUCAAGUUGUUCACAAGGGCCAACCUGAUCCUUUUCCUAUGAUCCCAAAAGAGGAAACCCUAAAAGAAUCACCGACUCCAACUAUCUUCCAUGUAUGGUUCUUCCUUCCCUGAACAAAAUUGACCUCCUUCCUUGUUUUCUUGAAGAUCCAACAUCAUAGAUGUGGUUACUGUGAACGAUUCUAUCUCAUAUAACUCGAUUUCAUCUUGAGGUAUAACAAUCUUAAGUGGUGAAGUCGUGUAGAGGAAAAACAGUGAUAUUAUUCUAUAAGAAGAACAGAGUAAAUAAUAAAGGCGCGUGAUAUGUACCCAAGCCGUCGUGACUAGCUUUAACAAACAAAGAAUCUCGUAUUCUGCUACGAAGACACGUGGUGACAUCCCUAGCAGAGCGUCUUAGGGAACCGAAAAGUGAAAUACAAAAAGAAAGAAAAAAAAAAGUGUACCCAAGAGUGUAGCUACAUAAUGUAUAAUUAAUUAAGCAUUAGUAGUAAUAUGGUGUAGUAAUUAUAAUUUGCGGGUGAAGGGGAAGCAGAAGAGAAAAGAGAGAUGAGAGUUAGGAUAUAGAAAUUGGAAGGUAAGAGAGAAGGAGAGGACCACAUGCGUGUCCGAAAAAGAAGAAGGGUUGGAGCUAGCGUGGAUGGAAAUGAUUGGUGCCACGUAGGGAUUUGAGAAAAAAGAUGCAACACGUGUACGAGAGGGAAGAGAAGGGGUAAUGUGAUGAAGGGUGGAGAUGGCAUACCGUGCCCCUGACGGUGAAGGGCAGGCUGCCUUAGUGGCCCCCAGCUGAAGUGAACAAUUGCUCUUUCUCUCUCUUUUCUCUCAUUCUCACCGCCUAAAAAACCUUUCUCCCCCAAUCCCAUUUCAAUGGCACUGUCCUCUUCCUCGAAAACCUUUCGCUUCCGCCUAUUAGCGCUCAUCGCUUUCUCUCUCCCUCCCUUCCCCAGUUUAACUAUCUCUACAAUUUACUCCUACUACAACAAAUUCUCUCUUUCUCUCUGUUGAUUUCGCGCCUAUAUAAAGCACCUCUCAAUGGCUGGGAUUUGCUGUAGAGUUGUUGGAGAAGGUGACACCCCUACUCCUCUAGAACCAACCUCUCGUCCUUCCACCCGCAGAACUAUGGAUAUGGUACCCUUGAAGUACAUAGCUGACAUGGCUGUGCCCGACUCUUCCCGAAAGCGCCCCAAGCUCGAUCUCAAUGACACUGAUAACCAACUUCAAACUGACCGGGAAUCCUCCGGAACCAAGGUUAUGAAGAAGGAUUCCCAAUUCCUCAACAACGAACAAGACGAGGAUGAUGUUUCAGACACUAAAUCCCUGACAGACGAGGAUGACGACUCCGAAGAUGAAGAGUGUCCCAAGUAUGGAGUCACCUCUGUCUGUGGCAGGAGGAGAGACAUGGAGGACUCCGUUUCCCUGCGCCCUUUCUUCUCGCUUGAAGGCUUCCACUACUUUGGCGUUUUUGACGGUCACGGUUGCUCUCAUGUUGCCACUAUGUGCAAGGAGAGGCUCCACGAGAUUGUGAACGAAGAGAUUCUGGAUGGAGACGACUCUCUACAGUGGGGAACAAUGAUGCAGAGCAGUUUUGCUCGCAUCGAUGAAGAGGUUUUCCGCCGCAGCCAGAGCAACCAGACUUUCAACUGUCGAUGCGAGCUCCAGACUCCGCACUGUGACGCAGUUGGAUCCACUGCUAUCAUCGCGAUCCUCACCCCAGACAAGAUUGUCGUCUCCAACUGCGGCGACUCCCGUGCUGUUCUCUGCCGUGGCGGAGUUGCCAUUCCUCUCUCUUCGGAUCACAAGGAUAACCGUUUUUGGAUCCGUGUUGUUCAGCCGGACCGCCCCGACGAAUUGCUCCGAGUGGAAUCCAAAGGCGGGCGCGUGAUUUACUGGGACGGCGCAAGAGUGCUGGGUGUGUUGGCCAUGUCUCGAGCCAUAGGAGACUACUACCUGAAGCCAUUCGUGAUUUCAGAGCCCGAGGUGACUGUGACUGAGCGAAGUGAUGAUGAUGAGUGUUUGAUACUGGCAAGUGAUGGACUGUGGGAUGUGGUGUCAAAUGAAACUGCUUGUGGGGUGGUGAAGAUGUGCCUGAAGUCGCAGAAGCCCCCGACUCCUCCGGGCUCUCCUGGUCAUGGUUAUGUGACGGCAGACGGCUCCGACCGUGGUUGCUCGGAUGCCUCAAUUCUGUUGACCAAGUUGGCUUUGGCAAGGCACAGUGCCGAUAAUGUGAGCGUGGUGGUGCUUGAUCUGAGGAAGGAUCCAGAACAAACAUCCACUUCCACUUCCAGCUACGUUAACGAAUGAAUGCAACAAUGGAUGAACGGAGUGCCUCUUCAAAGCAGCAUAAUGGGCACUUUCACUGCACCCCAUACCCUCUGUUUCCGGUCAAUCUUCGAGGUCUGCCUUUUGCUUAAUAAUAAUGUUGUUUCUUUCUUUCUUUUUUCUUUCCAAGUGUAAUGUUGUUUUUUAGUUUCAGAAAAGGAGGAGGAAAAAAAAUGUAGCUUUCGAAAAUGAAACAAAAUCAUAGGGAAAUUUCGUUGUAGGGGAAAUUCGUGUCGACUAAGGAUUCAAUGAAACCGUCGAUACCCUUUUCUCUUUUGUCCAUAAUCGACUCUAUAAAUUGAAGAAUUUUCCUUUGGUUCU